CAUAUAUUUGGGAUUCACUUAUAUAGAUACUAAAAACCUCUCUCUCAUUUUCUGUCUCUCUCUCUAUCUGGAAAGAAUCGAGAAUUCGAAACCCUGAAUCGGAGAGAAACCUAGUCAUGGCGAAACCAUCGAAGCCGCAGUCUUCGUCUGACGAUGCGAUGUCUGAUGCUUCAAAUUCUUCCUCGGAGGAGGAGCAAGUCCAGGAUCAGAUCAAAGAGGAAGAGGAUGAUGAGGAGGAGCUUCAGGCGGUAGCUCAGUCUGCUGACGAUGAUGAUGAUGAUGACGAGGCCCCGCUGGCUUCCGACGAAGAGGCAGCUGCGGAGGAGGAUGAGGAGGAUGGAAACCAAGCUGAAAUUAGCAAGCGUGAGAAAGCCAGACUUACAGAAAUGCAGAAAAUGAAGAAACAAAAGAUUCAGGAAAUAUUGGAAGCUCAAAAUGCUGCCAUAGAUGCUGACAUGAAUAAUAAGGGUAAGGGGCGUUUGAAGUUUCUUCUACAGCAAACAGAAUUAUUUGCUCACUUUGCCAAAGGCGACCCGUCCACAUCGCAGAAGAAGACGAAGGGAAGGGGUCGCCAUGCAUCAAAACUCACGGAAGAGGAAGAAGAUGAGGAGUACCUGAAAGAGGAAGAAGAUGGUUUGUCGGGAAACACUCGUCUAGUAACACAGCCAUCUUGCAUUCAGGGUAAAAUGAGGGACUACCAACUUGCUGGAUUAAAUUGGCUCAUACGAUUGUAUGAGAAUGGUAUAAAUGGAAUCCUUGCGGAUGAAAUGGGUCUUGGAAAAACAUUGCAGACUAUCUCCUUGUUGGGCUACUUGCAUGAGUUCAGAGGAAUUACUGGUCCUCAUAUGGUGGUUGCUCCAAAAUCUACUCUUGGCAACUGGAUGAAUGAAAUUCGACGUUUUUGCCCAGUCUUGCGUGCUGUAAAGUUUUUAGGGAACCCUGAUGAGAGGAAGCAUAUACGUGAGGAUUUACUUGUUGCGGGCAAGUUUGAUGUAUGUGUGACAAGUUUUGAAAUGGCCAUCAAAGAGAAGUCUGCUCUGCGUCGCUUUAGUUGGCGUUAUAUUAUCAUUGAUGAAGCCCAUCGUAUCAAGAAUGAAAAUUCACUCCUUUCGAAAACAAUGAGGCUUUAUAACACCAAUUAUCGUCUACUUAUCACGGGUACUCCCCUCCAGAACAAUCUUCAUGAACUCUGGUCGCUUCUGAACUUCUUACUACCUGAGAUUUUCAGUUCAGCUGAAACUUUUGAUGAAUGGUUCCAAAUUUCUGGUGAAAAUGACCAGCAGGAAGUUGUUCAACAACUGCACAAGGUUCUUCGGCCAUUUCUCCUCCGAAGGUUGAAAUCUGAUGUUGAAAAGGGUUUACCUCCAAAGAAAGAAACUAUUCUCAAAGUGGGGAUGUCCCAGAUGCAGAAACAAUACUACAAGGCCUUGCUGCAAAAGGAUCUCGAAGUUAUUAAUGCUGGUGGGGAGCGUAAGCGUCUGUUGAACAUAGCAAUGCAAUUGCGCAAAUGCUGUAAUCACCCAUAUCUCUUUCAAGGUGCUGAGCCUGGACCUCCUUAUACCACAGGAGACCAUCUUGUUACAAAUGCUGGUAAAAUGGUUCUAUUGGAUAAGUUGCUUCCGAAGCUGAAAGAGCGUGAUUCGAGAGUUUUAAUAUUUUCACAGAUGACAAGAUUGCUUGACAUUCUUGAGGACUAUUUAAUGUUUCGUGGAUAUCUGUAUUGCCGUAUUGAUGGGAAUACUGGUGGAGACGAUCGUGAUGCUUCGAUUGAAGCCUUUAAUAGGCCAGGAAGUGACAAGUUUGUUUUCUUAUUAUCCACCAGAGCCGGAGGACUUGGUAUUAAUCUUGCUACUGCAGAUGUCGUUAUCCUUUAUGAUAGUGACUGGAACCCACAGGUUGAUUUGCAAGCGCAGGACCGCGCUCACAGGAUUGGUCAAACUAAAGAAGUUCAAGUUUUCCGGUUUUGCACCGAGUACACUAUUGAGGAAAAAGUGAUUGAAAGGGCUUACAAAAAGCUUGCACUUGAUGCUUUGGUGAUUCAACAAGGACGACUAGCAGAACAGAAAACUGUCAACAAAGAUGAGCUGCUUCAAAUGGUGAGAUUUGGUGCUGAAAUGGUUUUUAGUUCGAAGGAUGAUACCAUCACAGAUGAGGACAUUGAUAGAAUUAUUGCCAAAGGAGAGGAGACAACAGCUGAGCUUGAUGCAAAGAUGAAGAAAUUUACAGAAGAUGCAAUUAAAUUUAAAAUGGACGACACUGCUGAAUUGUAUGAUUUUGAUGAUGAAAAGGAUGAAAACAAAUUUGAUUUCAAGAAAAUAGUCAGUGACAACUGGAUUGAACCACCAAAGAGAGAGCGAAAGCGCAACUACUCAGAAUCUGAAUAUUUUAAGCAAACAAUGCGCCAAGGUGGGCCAUCAAAGCCAAAGGAGCCUCGAAUUCCCCGCAUGCCCCAGCUGCACGAUUUCCAGUUUUUUAAUACGCAGAGGCUGAGUGAGAUGUAUGAGAAAGAAGUGCGAUACCUCAUGCAAACGCAUCAAAAAAAUCAGUUAAAAGACACAAUUGAUGUGGAUGAGACGGAAGAGGCUGGAGAUCCGUUGACUGCUGAGGAGUUGGAAGAGAAGGAGAGUCUACUGGAAGAAGGAUUUUCUUCUUGGAGUAGAAGAGACUUCAAUACCUUUAUUCGGGCAUGUGAGAAGUAUGGUCGGAAUGACAUAAAAAGUAUUGCUACUGAAAUGGAAGGGAAGACAGAAGAGGAAGUUGAAAGAUAUGCUAAAGUUUUCAAAGAACGGUACAAGGAGCUAAAUGAUUAUGAUAGGAUCAUUAAGAAUAUUGAAAGAGGUGAGGCGAGAAUUUCGCGUAAAGAUGAAAUCAUGAAAGCUAUUGGGAAGAAACUGGAUCGCUAUAAGAAUCCAUGGCUAGAAUUGAAGAUCCAGUAUGGUCAAAACAAAGGGAAGUUGUACAACGAAGAAUGUGAUCGUUUUAUGAUAUGCAUGGUUCACAAGCUUGGUUAUGGGAAUUGGGAUGAAUUGAAAGCUGCAUUCCGGACAUCACCUAUAUUUCGAUUUGAUUGGUUUGUAAAGUCUCGCACCACUCAAGAACUAGCCAGGAGAUGUGAUACCUUAAUCCGACUUGUGGAGAAGGAAAACCAAGAGUAUGAUGAGAGAGAGAGACAAGCACGUAAAGAGAAGAAGCUUGCCAAGAACACCCCAUCCAAGCGUGCAUUGGCACGGCAAACUGAGAGUCCAAGCUCCCUGAAGAAACGGAAACAAUCAUCAAUGGAUGACUACGUGAGCUCGGGUAGGAGAAGGAAAUGAUUGCAGCACUCUACUCUUACCCUUUUUUGAGAUAGAAACAAGACUGAGCUACUGAAGAAACUGAACACUAGUUCUCCAGUUAGUGGUUGCUUUUUGGAGAUUCUGCAUCUUUGAUUCACCUAAAUGGAUAGCAGGGCAUCAUCCAAGGAAUGUUUUGGGCCUAAUAUUCUUGACAAUAUGAUCUUCCAAUUAAAUACGCAAAAAGCAAUUAUCAUUGACGAAUCUCCAGUAUUCAUAUGAUCCUGUUUUGUGAACUGCAAAUAUGUGUUAAGAUAGUGAUUAUAAUUGUUGGAAAGUGCUCUCAGUAAGAGGCUGUUGUGUACCUAUACGUAGAAUACCUGAAGGGUCUAUGCUGUGUUUGGAAUUCUCUGAAAAAGUAUAAUUUAUUUCCAUGGCUUUUAUGAUCUAUUUAGUAAGGACCUUUGACACUCAUUUUUCUCA